UAUUAGUUUAGUAGUUCUUUGGCCGGCUGCUAAAGCUGGUUCUGUGUUCGUGCGUCGCAUUUAUAACGCAGUAAAGUUACAUAUAUUUGAUACAUGCAUAUUAAAUUUAUUUAGUAUUACCGACUAUAUUUUGAGAAUUAGCUAGUCUUUCAUAAGGAAAAUACGCUAUAUACGUGGAACGAGGUUAAGAUGCCAGGAGAAGACGAAGCAUGGGUUACACUGGCGACGAACGAUUCCUACGCCUUGGGGACCCUCGUCGUCUCGAGAUCCUUGAAGCGCGUCAACACGACCCGGAAGUUGGUGGUAAUGGUCACAUCUGGAGUGUCAGUUCCUAUGAGGAAAGCAUUAUCGAGUGAAUUUGACGUGGUUUACGACGUGAACAUCAUUGACUCCCAAGACGCUGCAAACUUAGCUUUACUCACACGCCCCGAGUUGGGAAUCACUUUUACCAAACUCCACUGCUGGAAGCUGGUGCAGUUUUCGAAAUGUGUAUUUUUGGAUGCUGACACACUGAUCCUGCAAAAUUGUGAUGAACUGUUUGACCGUAGUGAGUUUUCAGCUUCACCAGAUGUCGGAUGGCCGGAUUGCUUCAACUCUGGCGUCUUCGUGUUCAAACCGUCAAUUGAGACUUUUGAUAAAUUGUUGGCAUUCGCAAUUGCCAGGGGGUCGUUCGACGGUGGUGAUCAAGGUCUUUUGAACUUAUACUUUAAUGACUGGUCUGUCUCGGAUAUAAGCCGUCAUCUGCCCUUCAUUUACAACAUGGUCGCGUCCGCCGCCUACACAUAUCUACCUGCCUUCAAAAUGUUUGGUGCAAAUGUGAAAAUCGUCCACUUCAUUGGCCCAGAAAAACCAUGGUUGAUGUAUUUUGACAGUUCGACUGGCAUGGUUCGAGCCCCAUCCGGCCAGGAACAUUUGUUCGAGCUUCUACAAUCUUGGUGGAAUAUUUUUCGCACCGAUGUGCACAAUAAAUUGUCGCCGGAAAUGGGCGGAGGUGGUCAUCAGUCGGCAACUGAGGCUGAGGCAGAACAGGUACAGGAUCCCUUCUUAUACGUUCACACGCCCACGGCCAACGCUUCUUCAGAGCCAAGUUCGUUCAGUUUGCAAAUUCAUGAAUCGUCUUAUCAUCCACCACCAGCAGUUGUUCAAUCAGAUCAAUCUCAAUCUCAACCACCCAUCUUUCACUGGACAAGUGUAGCAAUUGAAAGGUUUGCGCCAGAGACGACGACGCCAGUAAUAACGGCACCUUCCAUAAGAUCGUCCUCUCCUCCUCCUCCAAUGAUUUUUAAUUUAGAAUCAAAUUCAGCUCUGGAAGAGCCUUCCGAUGAAUCGGUUGCUUGUUUUACAUCAUCGUCCGAAAGUAUUGAACAAAAUCAAAGUGAAAAAGAACCAGGGUUUGCUGGACUUGCCGGAGCAUUUGCAAAAAUGUCGCUGGAAGGAAGUAAAUCGGAUAAACAGAUUGAAUUUGAGGAGCAGAUGAGGAAACAUGCGUGGGAAUCGGGUCACAUCGACUACUUGGGGAAGGAUUCUUUCGAUAAGAUUAUGAAAAAAAUUCAUGCGUCGAUGGCACAAGCUGACAAAUCUGGCGAACCAAGUGAGAAACCAGCAGAACCGGCACCACCAACAACAACCAGUGAUCCUAUUCCUACUCAGGCAACGCCAACAACCAAAACUGAACCAGAGCAGGUGGACGAGGCCGUUUUAGCCGAGGAGCGACUCGCCGUCGAGAAAAAGCUGGCUGAGCAGAAGAAAGUCGCAGAGCAAAAAUUGAUUGAAGAAAAACAAGCGGCCGAAGAGCGCGCGGCCGCUGCGUCGCAAGCGGUCCCUGCAUCGCCAGAAGUCGCUGCACCGCAAGCCUCCGAGCAAACAGAGUCCAAACCGGCAGAGAUAACUGCGCCUUCUGGACCCGCUCCAGCAGCGGUCGCUACGCCUGCGCCUUCGGAACCAGCUCCCGCUCCGGCAGCCGCAGAAGCCACUACGCCUGCGCCUUCUGAACCCACUCCCGCUCCGGCAGCCGCAGAGGUCACUACGCCUGCGCCUUCUGAACCCACUCCCGCUCCGGCAGCCGCAGAAGCCACUACGCCUGCGCCUUCUGAACCCACUCCCGCUCCGGCAGCCGCAGAGGUCACUACGCCUGCGCCUUCGGAACCAGCUCCCGCUCCAUCCGCCGCAGAGGUCACUACGCCUGCGCCUUCUGAACCCGCUCCCGCUCCGGCAGCCGCAGAGGUCACUACGCCUGCGCCAUCUGAACCUGUUCCAGCAACCGCAGAGGUCACUACGCCUGCGCCUUCUGAACCCGCUCCCGCCCCAGCAGCCGCAGAGGUCACUACGCCUGCGCCUUCGGACACUUCUGCCGCGUCUGAACCUCCUACGGCUCCACCACGACGUCAAUCAAAAGGAAAAUGAGUCAAAGUCAUUAUAAGAGUUGAAAUGAAAUGUGUCAUAUAAUUUAUUUAUUGUCGUCAAUGUUCUGUUCUAAUAAUUUUUGGUUCAUUCAUAUUCAUUUUUUGCAUGCUUUUUUUCUAACCACCUCCGGCUGAUGCUGGUGAAGUCUAACUUUCUAAUAUUUAGUCAUAUGUAUCAUUAAUUGCGUGACUUCAUAGUAAUGAAUCUGCAAAAUUUAGGAGCUAUAAUUUAGAAUUUGCAACCCCAACUUCUGCUUCAACUCAAUUUGCAUAUUGCUCUCUCGGUUUCUGUCAUUAAUAUGAUAUCAGAGGAAUAUAUAUAAUGUAUUUUACAAUCAGUCCUCAAAUUUUGAGACUGGUGGCUGAGCAAGACUUUAGUCGUAAUAUUUAUUGGCAGCUAUUUAAGAAGAUUGAGCUAUGUAUUUAUGAGCUUCGUUAAAAUAGUAGUUAUUAAUUAAUUACUUGAUUGAUACAACGAAUUAUUUGAGCUAAACGUGUGCCAAAAUGACCCUACCAACCAAUAGACUUGUUCUGUAGCAAGCAGAGUAUAUAAUUAUUUAGCAAUAAUAUGUAAAUACAAUAAUGAACUGAUACUGUUCCCAAAUUUUGCAAGCAUGUAAUAAGAACGACAAUAACUAAUCAAUGAAUCAAUCAAUCAAUAUAUAUUAUUAAAGAAUAGUUUGUGCAAUAUGUAUGUGAUUAUGAAUUACAACGGUCUAAUAAAGAGAGUAAA